AUGGCUGAAUCAAUCGGCCUAGCCUCUGGAAUCCUUACUUUGGCGACGUUUGCGUUUCAAUGCAGUAUCUCCCUUUACGAAACGGUGGACAGCUUCCGUUCGCAUCCGAAACGUGUGCGCGACCUUCUCGACGAGUUGGAAGCCUUAAGCGCAGUGCUAGCCCCCCCUCGUCGACCUGGUGAAGUCGAAUUCGGGCGUCGAUCUCUCAUUUUUGGACCUACCACUGUUGCGGUGCGGGAACAAUUCCAGCAGGAGGUUCUCCAAUGUGCAUCGCGGUCAAACAGUAGCCGAACAAGCUUCCGUGAUUGGGCCAGACUGACGUAUAUGGGUGAUAAUAUUGACGAUUUUCGUGACUUGCUGGCAGGAUAUAAAGCCACGAUCAAUAUUGCCUUAACCGAUGCAAACUUGCGUCUAUCAGCGGUUGCUGUUGAAAAUAUCGGGGACUACGAGAGUCUUAUCCAAGAUGCGAAAGAAGACCUGGGAGCUCGACUCGAAAGCAUUGAUAGGAAGUUGGAAGAACUGGCUCAGAAGGAUGUGGCUCCAUCUGGAGCAGAUGCAACUGAGCUUCGCUCGCUGAGAGAAGAGCGCUUGAGUACAGAGAAAUGCCUUCAGAUCUGCGCCCAGUUGUCGAGCCACAUUGAUCAGAUUCAGCUGAUGUCAGACGAGGCGGGUUCAUCUCGGGGACCAGGUGGAGCUGAAGCGUCACCCGAAUCAGUCACAAAUGAAGGCCUACAAGAAUGCAAAAAUAGCUUGGCUGCGACGGCUACCAAGUUGGAAAAGCAUAUGCGAGAUGUUAUGGAUCGGCUACUCGCCAAAUCAAGGACUGCGACCUCCUCUGAUGAAGAUGCCCAAGAUCUGUCGAGGCUGCGCGAUGAGUGGGAAACUGCUCGGCAAUGCUUGGAUAUAUGCUCACGGGCGGAUAGUCACUUAAAGGAGAACGUCAGCAUCAUCGAAAAUCACGGCACUGGUGAUUCUCUACAGUUUAUGGUCUCCGCGAAUGGAAAGAUUCUUCACGGAAAGAACCGCGGCCUGGGUUGGAGGAACAGGCAAGUGGGAGGCUAUAUGAGCAAUGAGUCAAUCCAGCAGUUAUCGAAAGACCUCGCGGCUGUUCAUAGUAGUCAGUUAAGGGAUAAAGUAUCCAUCUCAAACCAUGGUUUCACGCCAAACCCAGGCGAUAUGGAGGAAGGUGAGACAACUGCCGAAUUCAAGGAACGAUAUGGGCAAGGCUUCACUCUGAAACCAGCGCGUACGCCAGACACACAGAAUCUUCCACGCAGUGCGAGCAAUUAG